AUGCGGCUCUCGGUGGCGGCCGCCAUCUCGCACGGGCGCGUGUACCGGCGCCUGGGCCCGGGCCCCCGCUAUCGCCUCGACCUGCUGCGCAACCUGGUCACGGCGCUGGUGCGGCACGAGCGCAUCGAGGCGCCGUGGGCGCGCGCCGACGAGAUGCGCGGCUACGUGGAGCGGCUCAUCGACUACGCCAAGCGGGGCGACAGCGACGAGCAGGCCAUGCGCAUGGCGGACUUCUGGCUGACGGAGAAGGACCUCAUCCACAAGCUGUUCAAGGUGCUGGCGCCGCGCUACCAGCCGCACCCCGGCAAGUACACGCGCAUGCUGCAGAUCCCCAACCGCGACAGCCUCGACCGCGCCAAGAUGGCCGUCAUCGAGCUCAAGGGCAACCCCUUCCCGCCGCUCAUCCGCCCGCAGCCCGACAGCGAGAGGACGCUGCUCAACCAGCUCCUCAAGGGCUACCGGGAGGACGUGAAGCGGGCCGCGCGCGCCCCCGAGGGCACCGCCGUGUAGGGCCCCGUCCGCUUCGCCAAGGAGGCCUCAGGCAAGUGCGGGGAUGGCGCUUGGCGUGAGCC